UUUUGCGUUCUUCUUUUUAUAUCCUUCCAAAAUGUAUUUCGGCACUGCUACCGUCGCCAAGGUCGCCCUGACUGUCGCGCUCGCCAGCCAGGUCGCCGCUUUGCCUACCCCGCCCACCGAACUCGAUGCCCGCCAACUGCCAUCAUCCUCCAAGCCGUGGAUGAUUGGAUGCCUCCCGGGCUCCGGCUGCAUGGCCAGGGCCAAGGCAGGCCCCCUCGAAAUUCCUAAGUGCAAGCGCGGCGUGGCCGCUGACAAGGAGGCCGACGAGGCUGCCAUUAAGGAAAAGGCUGCGUAG